CUGGUUCAAAAAUUUAUGUUGAUUUUGCUGAUAAAGAAGGAGAAGAACUUGAUAAAGCAUUUGUCUCAUUAAUAGAAGAACUUAAACGAAAUGGAUUGAACGAUACCAAUGGAAAUAAAGACAAUACACUGACUGACCGAACCGUAUCUCAAAUAAGAUCUAAAUCUGAAGAACCAAAGAAAGAACCUGAGCAACCUUGCGUUCAAACAAGAGAAUAUUUAAACAUUCCUUUGGCAUCAAUGUGGAAUGAACAACAUGUUCAGGAAUUUCUAAAUUAUCAUCAACUUGAUCAAUUAUUAUCUAUUUGUGAAUCGAUGGAUGGUGAAGCAUUGAUAGAGUUUCAUCAGUCAUGUGAAACAAAACCGGACAUUAUGUAUGGAUUAAUUAAUAAUCCAAAAGAACAUCCAUUAUCAUUUGGUAUUUAUUUUAAGUUUAUUGCUAAAUUAAAGAAGUAUUUACCGCAAAAACCAAGACCUAAAAUUCAUUUUCAAUAUAAAUUUGUUUAUUCACCAUUGAAUACAACUGAAUCAGCAACAACAGAUGAAAAAACUAAUCAGGCACUAUAA